UCGAAGAACCACACUGAAACUGGUUCUGGCAUUCUUAAACCCUAGGGAGUUGGAGAUUUAGCACCGCUUUCGAUCUUCAUUGCUACAACUUCGUUCUCUCUGCCUGCAAUCAUCUUUGCCAGUGAUCGUCCGUCCGCAAUCACCAGUUUUGGACUUCCGUAUGUGUCUGAGAGAUUAUCAUUUAUGAAUCCUCCUCGCCCUUCUCCGGUCAAUUCGCUCCCUUGCUGUCCCGAUCAGGUCCAUAAGCAUGGAACCACUGAUUCUUCAGCUUUUCGACAGGUUAUUCAACCGAACCAGUUCCAAGGGAAUCCGAAUCCUACACAAACACAACCUCAAAAAUCAAAUCCCUUCAAUAAUAAUUACAACAGCCAUCUGGGCAACGGGCCUUUUCCCAUCGCCAACAGGCCAAUUUCAGUAUCUAUGGCUUCUCCAAAUAAUCCCAAUCUACAACUGCAGCAAAACGGUGUACCCUUUACCAACCUAUCUCACGUUGGACUGGUGAUGAAUCCAAUGCUCCAGCCCAACCAGUUUGCUCACAGUCCUUUUAACCUGCCUCAGUUUUUAGGCCAAAAUGCAGGUUUUCUAAACGGACAACUUGGUUUGCUGACCCAACUGCAGAACGUCAAUCAGUUAAUGCAAAUGCCGAUAUCCAGUUAUCCCCACGGUGUUCCAUGCAAUAUGCCUCUGUACCCGAAUCAAGUUUCCCAGGCUUUGGUUCCUCAAAAUCCCACUAUUCUCGCAAAUCCAUGGUUUGGUGUUACGAAUUGUAAUGCAUUUCUGCAGCCAAGCAACCAAGGGCAGCCAAAUUUCGUUAUGCCAGCUGUAGAUGCGAAUGCAACCAAGUCCCAUAAUGUUACUCGGCAGUUACAGGGGAACUCACCUCUACUACCUGCUUUUGGCUCGGUUCCUCCACAACAAAAUGCUACUCAGCAGUUUCAAGGGAACUCACCUCUACAUCCUGCUUUUGGCUCAGUUCCACCACAUCAAAAUGCUACUCAGCAGUUUCAAGGGAACUCACCUCUACCACCUGCUCUUGGCUCAGUUCCACCACAACAAAAUGCUACUCAGCAGUUACAAGGGAACUCACCUCUACCACUUGCUUUUGGCUCAGUUCCCCCACAACAAAUUCAGAUGAGUUUCCAACCUCCUGACAGUAAAAUGUCAAAGGGAAAUUGCAGAAAUGGUAGUGGGGUCAGUGGUCUGAAUGCCAAAUGGAAAGAUUCUCAAAACCGAAACUUCAAUAAGAAUCCCAAACGAGAUGCGUUGCAUAGGGAUAGGGGAUUUCCAAACGACAGCAAUAUGAAAAAUGUGAAGGGAAAGUAUGGGUUCCAUAAUAAAUAUGGAGGUAAUGGAUAUAGAAAUGACAGUGGAAGAAAAUCUGAGCUUGCUAAUUCUGCCAACCAAAAUCAGGUGCAACACAGGAGAUUUCCCUCCUUGAAUUAUACGGGGCAAGAAAUUCAAAAGUGGCGUGAAGAACGGAGAAAGAACUACCCCUCAAGAGCUAAUGUGGAGAAGAAGCUGGCAGAGAAGACAACAGAUCUGGAGGUUAAUGAUGAAUAUGCCAAGCUACGACGAAAGCAACUUAAAGAAAUUUUGGCGAAGCAGGCAGAGUUAGGUUGUGAAGUUGCUGAAAUCCCAUCCUACUAUCUUUCAGAUCCUGAGGAACAAGUGCAUGGGAAGAAAGAGAAUAAGGUGUUGGCUAAAAAGGAGUAUUUGCAAAAUAAGUUUAGAAAUGGACGAUUCUCUCAGAAUAAGCGGUUUAAGAAGCACAAGUUUGGAGAUCCUGGUUCAACUAAUACGCAUGAUCAAGGUGAGCCGUUAUUCAAGAAGCAGAAGUUAGUGGACAAUGACUCAUUAUGCAAUCGUUCUUUGGACAAAAGACAACCAACUCUAUUGCAGAAGCUUCUCAGUGCAAAUAUUAGGAGAGAUAGAAGUCGUUUGUUGCAGGUUUUUAGGUUCAUGGUGAUAAAUUCUUUCUUCAAAGACUGGCCUGAGAAGCCUCUGAGAUUUCCUUCAGUAAUAGUUAAAGAAGAAACAGGAUCCAAAGAGGUGGUUGAAGGAAAAACAGCGAGUUCACGGGAAUGUCUCUCUGGCAGCCAAGGCAGGACAACUGUUGAAGAACGUUGCCAUGUUAAUCAUAAUCACAGUGAUGAUGGUAAUGGUGAUGGUGAUGACAAUGGUGGCAAUAGAAAUAAUGAAUUUGGUUUGCAAGAGACAAAAGCUCGUUUAGGUAGCUUAGAGAAUGUUAAUGGAGGGCGAGUGGAGGAAUCUGGGGAAGAAGGAGAAAUUAUAGACUAGAAUCUCUCUCUCCCCCUCUGAUUGCAAGUGAAGUUUGCUACUUGAGAGGUUGCGAUGGAGCAUUUCAAGUUUAUAAUCGAUAGCAAAGUAGAGAAAGCUCGUCUUGCUGCAGAUGCAAGGCUUGGAAGAUAGUGAGUAGAAAUUGAUGAUGCAAUGCGACCUUAGUUGAUCAGCAUGCAUCCUAUGUACUGAUUCUACGAUCAAGUAGCAACUUUUUGCUACUAAAACCUCGCCAGUUUGACAGGGUGUACUGUCUUCCCAAGUUGGCUGAGAGUCUGCAAUGAGAAGGCCGGCACUCCCUCCUGUUCCGACUUGUCUAUAGGAGUAAACCCCUCUGUGUAGACAUGAAUCGAUCUCGAAAUCCAAAUGGUUUUCAUAACUCAUAACUCUUUUUCCACUUGGUCUUUGAGUUUAUUCUCUGCUUCCAUGCAUUUGUUUGGAUGCCCAUAUGGCUUUGUUUUUCUUCUACUAAGACUAGUAAGUUUUGGGCUCCUUUUUGGCAUGUAAAGUUACAAUAUAUGCCCUAAUCUUCCCUUACAUGGUUUUGUUGUUUGAUGCCUGAGUUUGAAGUCUUCCCUUAAAGGGGUGCUGUAAUGGGACAUUCUAAGGAGUCACCCCCCAUUUUAGUGCUGGUUUUACUGAGCAUGUUCCUCUUGGAGUUC